AUGUCCGAGUCAUCGGGUUAUAGGGCAGACAGUUCGGGAGAUGGGAAGGAGAAGAAGAAUCCAGUCAAACGAGAUGCCUUCGCGGAGCUAAUGUCCACGAAGAGCAAGCAGCGCAAAUCCACCACCACCACCACCACCACCACCACCACAACCUCAACAAAACGAAGAGCCAUCGGCGGACCCCGCGACGGACUCGGCGCCUACAUUGCCAACCCAGCCGCCUACCCCUCUAGCACCGUAAUCUACCACAACGACGACUUCGUCGCGGUCCGCGACCUCUUCCCCAAAUCCACGCUGCACCUGCUCCUCCUACCCCGCGACCCCACCAAAACCCGCCUCCACCCGUUCGACGCCCUCUCCUCCUCCUCAUCCGACGGCGAGGCCUUCCUGGACAAGGUGCGGGCGGAGACGCAGCGGCUGCGCGCGCUGGCCGCGGGCGAGCUGCGUCGGAUGCACGGGCGGUACUCGGCGCAGGAGGAGGCGCGGAGGGCGGCGCUGGAGUGCGACCCCCCGCCGGCGGAGCUGCCGCGCGGGCGCGAUUGGGAGCGCGAGAUCAUGUGUGGGAUCCACGCGCAUCCGUCCAUGAACCACCUGCACAUCCAUGUCAUCUCCGUGGACCGCUACAGCGACCGGCUGAAGCAUCGGAAGCAUUACAAUAGUUUCUCUACGCCGUUCUUCGUGCCUAUCGAGGACUUUCCCCUCGCGGAAGAUGAUCCCCGGCGGCGGCCGGAUGAGAUGGGGUAUCUGCGCCGGGACUUUGUCUGUUGGCGCUGUGGGCAGGGGUUUGGGAAUCGGUUCACGGAGCUCAAGGCGCACCUUGCGGAGGAGUUCGACGAUUGGAGGCGGUUAUGA